CUUCUUUAGAAACCAACCAAUAGAAAUUAAAAUAGUGAUAGUAUAAAAUGGUAGUAAAGAUCAUCUGUGAUGAGAUUCAAGAAUUAAAGAAUAGAAGUUAGAGGCAAAGUUUUGGGAGAGAGUAAGAUGGCACAGUGGUCGCUACUCAUCGUGUUGUUCUGCGUCGCCACCGCCGCCGCCGGAUUGAGCUUCGACGACACCAACCCUAUUCGGAUGGUGUCGGACAUGGAGGAACAGCUACUUCAAGUGAUCGGAGAAAGUCACCACGCUCUCUCCUUCGUCCGCUUCGCUAAUAGAUACGGAAAGCGAUAUGAUACCGUGGAUGAGAUGAAGCGUAGAUUUAAUAUCUUCACCGAUAAUCUUGAACUUAUCAAAUCUACUAACAAGAGACGCCUCGGUUACACUCUCGGUGUUAAUCAUUUUGCUGAUUGGACUUGGGAGGAGUUCAGAACACACAGACUUGGUGCUGCUCAAAAUUGCUCUGCUACUCUUAAGGGUAACCAUAAGAUUACUGAUGCUAAUCUUCCUGAAGAGAAAGACUGGAGGAAAGAAGGAAUAGUCAGCCAUGUUAAAGAUCAAGGCAGCUGCGGAUCAUGCUGGACAUUCAGCACAACUGGAGCAUUGGAAGCAGCUUACGCACAGGCCUUUGGAAAGAAUAUCUCUCUUUCUGAGCAGCAGCUAGUGGACUGUGCUGGUUCUUUCAAUAACUUUGGCUGCAGCGGUGGUUUGCCAUCCCAAGCCUUUGAAUACAUUAAAUACAAUGGUGGCCUUGAGACAGAGGAAGCAUAUCCCUACACCGGAGAAAAUGGUCUCUGCAAAUUUACAUCUAAAAACGUUGCUGUUCGAGUCCUUGAAUCUGUCAAUAUCACCUUGGGUGCUGAGGAUGAGUUGAAACAUGCAGUUGCAUUUGCUCGGCCUGUUAGUGUGGCAUUUCAGGUGGUGGAUGACUUCAGAUUAUACAAGAAAGGAGUUUACACUAGUACAACUUGUGGCAGCACGCCCAUGGAUGUGAAUCAUGCUGUUCUUGCUGUUGGGUAUGGAGUUGAAGACGGUGUACCAUAUUGGCUCAUUAAAAAUUCGUGGGGAAGUGAGUGGGGUGACCAUGGCUACUUCAAGAUGGAAAUGGGGAAGAAUAUGUGCGGUGUUGCAACUUGUUCCUCCUAUCCUGUUGUGGCCUAAAUAGUAAGGUGGGAUGUGAUGCCCGAAAGGCUGCCCUGGCGACUUCCAUCUUGUACGUUAUGCUUUGUAGUUGUCCAUCGUGAACGUAAAAUGUCCCGAUACGAUGAUAAGUCUUUGUUGAUAGUUGUCUGAUGAUAAGUCUUUGUUGAUAUUUGUCUGUAAAAUAAGUUUGGUGAUCAGAUGUCAUUUCUUAUAUAUGCCAUAUGCCACAUUACAGAAUAAGAUUGUAAAUCAUGUAACAUAGAGACAUAAUAAACUUUAUUUGCUGUAGCAAUUCAAGGAUGGCAUGCUGGGUGUUUA